GCCGGGCCGAUCAUGGACGCUUGACAACCUGCGGGCAGGCGCCGGGAGGCCAAGCCAGCGACCGAGAGGACAGAGAGGCGGCCGAGGACAGAUCUCAAGGCCAGAGAAUGGCAGGUGAACAGAAGCCCUCAAGUAACCUCCUGGAACAGUUUAUCUUACUAGCCCAAGGUACCAGUGGUUCAGCCCUCACUGCUCUCAUAAACCAAGUUUUGGAGGCUCCUGGAGUAUGUCUUUGGAGAACUGCUGGAGCUGGCCAAUGUGUAGGAGCUUGCAGAAGGAGCAAAUGCAGCUUAUUUGCAGUUGCUGAACCUGUUUGCCUAUGGAACAUACCCAGAUUACAUAGCCAACAAGGAGAGCCUGCCAGAACUGAGCACAGCUCAGCAGAACAAGCUGAAACACCUUACCAUCGUGAGCUUUUGGCAUCGAGGAUGAAGUGUAUCCCCUACUCCGUGCUACUGAAGGACCUGGAGAUGCGGAACCUCCGGGAACUGGAGGACCUCAUCAUCGAGGCAGUCUACACUGACAUCAUCCAGGGCAAGCUGGACCAGCGAAACCAGCUGCUGGAAGUGGAUUUCUGCAUUGGCCGUGAUAUCCGAAAGAAAGAUAUCAAUAAUAUUGUCAAGACCUUGCAUGAAUGGUGUGAUGGCUGCGAGGCAGUCCUGCUGGGCAUCGAGCAGCAAGUUCUGAGAGCCAACCAGUACAAGGAGAACCACAGCCAAACUCAGCAGCAGGUAGAGGCUGAGGUUACCAACAUUAAGAAGACCCUCAAAGCUACCGCGUCCUCCUCUGCUCAGGAGAUGGAACAGCAAUUGGCCGAACGAGAGUGUCCCCCUCACGCUGAGCAGAGGCAGCCCACUAAGAAGAUGUCCAAAGUGAAAGGUCUGGUCUCCAGCCGCCACUAGGGCCGGCUGGGGCAGCUGGCACUCACCAGGCCUGGGUCAGGUGGGGAGGGGACACCGAGGGCCUGCUUCCUCCCCUCUCCACCUUCCGUGAGUUCCAGACCUGCCCGUCCCCUCACCAGCGCCUCCCCCCUCGUUGGUACUGUUCCAGAAGAACCGUUAAGUCCCUCCCCACCAACCCACCGCCCCUGUCCCCAGUUGCUCCCUUCAGACUCAGGGGCUCCACGGAUGCCAUCCCAACAGGGCCGACACU